CGGGACUCGAACCGCCGAACGCCGCGGCCUAGCCCAGCAUGCACCGCGGCCCGUCCCAGCGCUCCCCGCGGCCGCGGGCGAUGGCGGCGCCGCUGAAGCGCUGCCUGGUGCGGCGGCGGGACGGGCGGGAGCAGCACGGCCUGGCCGCCUCCUGCCUGCGGGAGCUGCGCCACAAGGCUAGUGGCAUUCUGGCUAUUGACGAGGCCAAGGAGCCCAUCACCUUAGUCCUGGCAGAAGACGGCACCAUUGUCGAUGAUGAAGAUUACUUCUUGUGUCUGCCGUCUGACACCAAGUUUGUGGCACUGGCCAAGAACGAGAAAUGGCCCGGCAAAAGCUCAGACAGCGGCACAGCCCGGCUCUCGGAGGCUGGGGAUGAGGUGGACAGCGGUGCAGAGAGGUGGAAACAGCUGGCCAGGAAACUGAAGGAUGACCUGUCCAACAUCAUCUUGAUGUCUGAAGAAGACCUCCAGGUGCUUAUUGAUGUGCCACGUUCAGAUCUGGCGGGAGAACUUGCUCAAAGUCAAACCCAAACCCAGGUGUUGCAAGACACUCUGCAGCAGGUGCUGGACAGACGAGAAGAAGAACGGCAGUCAAGACAGCUCCUGGAGCUCUACCUCGAGGCCUUGAAAAAUGAAGACAGUAUCUUAAGCAAAGUAACAGAAUCUGAGGCUGUACGAAGAGAGGAGAUGGAUGUGGUCGACACAGGCAUCAGCAGUACAGGCACUUCAGCCAGAAUGGCACUCGGUAACCAGCUCCUUGCUGCUCUGAAAGAGAAACCUGCUCCAGAGCUCUGCUUGGACAGUCAAGAUCUUGAGCUGGUCGUGAAAGAGGACACAGGAGCCCUGGCCUCGGCCCUGGGAUGGGACAAGCAGAAAGCCGAAGCUCUGCAGCAAGCCUGUGAUCAGGAGCUCUCCAAGCGUCUCCAGCAAGUGCAGACUUUGCAUUCCCUAAGGAGCAUGUCAAAGGGCAAGAAAACACUCCCCUUGGAAGACUGGCUUAGUUCAAAACGCAAAAAAUAAGACUGUAGUUAGUGCCAAUUGUGGCUUUGGGGUGGCGUUUUUUGCAUUAGAAUCAAUACAAGCAAAGAUACAUCCUGGGAACCAUGGUUUGCUGGUUGUACUGUGGUCAGGCUAUAGACAACUAAAACCUGGACGUUGUCCUGAGGCUUAAAGUCCUGCAAUGAUUCAGAUCAUGUGUAACCAAAGGGAUUGUGGCUUUUUGCAGAAUACUGGAACAAUGGUAUUGCUAAACACAGCAUGUAAGGGUUCAGCAUUGAAUAUCUGGUCGGGAGCCAGAAGCUUCCAUCCCAUAAUGACGGAUCCAGCUUCUGAAGCCCCAGGCAGCUCCUUCCUGGGUGCAGCGUGAGCAGCAACUUGUCAAACUCAGCAGAGGUGAAAGCACUUGCUUUGUAAGGCUGUGGGACAGCAGACUGAUAUUUGGCCUGUCUCUGUCACUUUCCUAAUCAUUUGUGUAGUAUCAUGAUGCUUUAAUAUUAAUGGGCUUAUUUUUAAAUUGGCUGAAGUGUUUCUUUUCUAAUAUCAUUAAAACCUUUUUACCUUA